CGGAUAACAAGACAAGUUCUGUGACUGAUUACAUCUCAGGAGACUACAAAUAUUUGAGAACUAUAUAGAAUUUAAUGAAGAAGAGAACAUGAGCCAGAACAAGAACAACGUAAAUGAAAGGACCAAGGACCCCCAUGUCUGUGGACUCACCUGCCUGGGUCCUCUGACUUUCCACCCUGGGGCCGUGGGUAAGAAGAUCACCCUCAGCCAUGGGAACUGCAGGGCCUCAAGAGACCUGGAGACUUUCAGGGACGGCCUGGUGUUCAGCAGUCGCCCAGUGAAGCCGGAAGAGAAGGUCCGAAUCCAGGUGGAGCGCAGCCUUCUAGCCUGGGAGGGCGGUGUGCGGAUCGGCUUCACCAACGAAUGCCCGACCGCCGGACCACUUCCUCCGCUGGCCAUUCCCGACCUCACAGAGAAGCCCGGGUACUGGGCUUUGCCAGUGCCGCAACGUGACUGCCCACCUGGUACCACGGUCACCUUCUGGAUGGAUAAAAAUGGAGUGAUGUGGUACAAGACACCCGCUGAAAGUUUCUGUAUUCAGACUGAUUUGGACCCAUCUCUGCCCCUCUGGGCUAUUGUUGAUGUCUAUGGACAGUCCACUACAGUGCUUUUACUUGGGUCUGUACGGAGGUUUAAUAUACUUAUUAAAGCAUCCUCCUGCCCUAUUCCUUGUAGCACAUUUAAAUGUGGCUAUGAAGAUACUCCACCUGAAUUAAAGAAAAGGAAAGCCAUUGCUGAAAGGAAGCUGAAACAGCAUCAAGAAGAUCAAAGUAACAAUAACAACACUCAGAGAACAGGGCGCAGGCAGGAGAACUUGUGCUCGGUCUGUCUGGACCGUGAAGCUCGUCUGGCCCCCCGCUGUGGACAUCGCUGCCUGUGCCUUCCCUGUGCUAACAGGGUCUUUCAGGAAUUCGGCACAUGUCCACUGUGUCGGGAGGAUAUCUAGAAUUCUCCUAGUGUUGGAUGUGGAGCUGCCAUGGUACACAAAGCCCCAUGAGGACAUUGACUGGUUUCAGUCCAGACACAUUAAGAUGCUAUAUGCACUCUACCUCAAGCAGUAAUGUUACUGUACUCAUUUUGCACUCAACAUUUGGUUGUCUAUUGUAUUAACUGUUUACACCAUGUUUUUACUUUGUAUAAACAUUUAAUUUGGCACAAUUUGGCACAUACUGUAUUUAUGAAUAUACCUGUGAAAUCAGGAUACAAGGAAUGUAUCCAAUAGUUGAUGAAGGUAACUUGAACGAAGUUUUAACGACCAUUGCAGAACAUUUUGGUCUGUCUCAUCUAUGAAUUGUUUACACGAUAAAGUAUUGUACUUGAUGUAAAUAUCUUUUUCAAUUUGUAAAUCUGUGAAUGUAAAUAUCACUUAUAAAUCAUGACUUGCCUAGUGACUUUACAUGUGGUUAUGAUUGUUUAUUGCUAAGCCAAAUGGAGUGUGUGUGUGUGUGUAGAUAUACUGCCAUCUAGUGAUAAUA